AACUGAAAAGUGUUCCCUUCUCUUCUAAAGCCCUCAAAACCAACGAAGCUUGGGGAGGUACUGAUCUCCAGUCGUUCUGCUGAGAAACAGUUGGACCAAUUGAUAUGGAGACCAAGGCAUCUGAAGAAUUGGAAAAGCCCUGGCAUAAAUCGGUGCAUCGUUCAUGGGAAACUGAUGAGCUGGUCAAGGAGAGACCUGAGCUACCCUUGGAAGAGAAGACCCACCAUGCUGAUCAGAAGACCCCAGAACCUCACUGCUACAUCCCAAUUCAGAGAAACUCCAUCUUCAACCGUGCCAUGAGACAUAGAAGCAAAACCAAGACCCGAGACACCCCCAAGACGAACACCCGCCACCGCCAGGCAGAUUCACUGGAAAAUGGAAAAUCUGCAAACGAGUCCCUGGCCUUGAAAGUCUCCCAGAGUGGAACGCCUCCCUGGAGGAUGCCCACGCAGACAGACCCAGCAGCCCAGAAAACGAGCGAGUCGUCCUCCACCCCGGGCAAUGGGGCCACGCCCGAGGAGUGCCCGGCGCUGGCCGACAGCCCCACCACGCUCACCGAGGCCCUGCAGAAGAUCCACCCCAUCCCCGCUGACUCCUGGAAGAACCUCAUCGAGCAAAUAGGGCUCCUGUAUCAGGAAUACCGAGAUAAAUCAACUCUGCAGGAGAUUGAAACCAGGAGGCAGCAGGAUGCAGAAAUACAUGACGGCUCCCCGGCCAACGAGGAGGCUCCCGAGGAGGAGGGGGAGGAGGAGGAGGAGGAGGAGGAGGAGGAGGAAGAGCUGGCCAGCCCGCCCGAGAGGAAGGCUCUGCCCCAGAUCUGCCUGCUCAGUAACCCCCACUCAAGGUUUAACCUCUGGCAGGACCUGCCGGAGAUUCGGAGCAGCGGGGUGCUGGAGAUCCUGCAGCCCGAGGAGGUCAAGCUGCAGGAGGCCAUGUUCGAGCUGGUCACCUCCGAAGCCUCCUACUACAAGAGCCUGAACCUGCUGGUGUCGCACUUUGUGGAGAAUGAGCGGCUGAAGAAGAUCCUGCACCCGUCAGAGGCUCACCUCCUGUUCUCCAACGUCCUGGAUGUCACGGCCGUCAGCGAGCGGUUCCUCUUGGAGCUGGAGCACCGGAUGGAGGAGAACAUCGUCAUCUCGGACGUGUGCGACAUCGUGCGCUGCUAUGCAGCCAACCACUUCUCGGUCUACAUCACCUACGUCAGCAACCAGACCUACCAGGAGAGGGCGUACAAGCAGCUGCUCCAGGAGAAGGCAGCUUUUCGGGAGCUGAUCGCACAGCUGGAGCUCGACCCCAAGUGCAAGGGGCUGCCCUUCUCCUCCUUCCUGAUCCUGCCCUUUCAGAGGAUCACCCGCCUCAAGCUGCUGGUGCAGAACAUUCUGAAGAGGGUGGAGGAGAGCUCCCAACGCGAGAGCACUGCCCUGGAUGCCCACAAGGAGCUGGAAAUGGUAGUGAAGGCGUGCAACGAGGGCGUCAGGAAAAUGAGCCGCACGGAGCAGAUGAUCAGCAUCCAGAAGAAGAUGGAGUUUAAGAUCAAGUCAGUGCCCAUCAUCUCGCACUCCCGCUGGCUGCUGAAGCAGGGUGAGCUGCAACAGAUGUCGGGCCCCAAGACUUCCCGUACCCUGCGGACCAAGAAGCUCUUCCGGGAGAUUUACCUCUUCCUCUUCAAUGACCUGCUGGUUAUCUGCCGCCAGAUACCCGGAGACAAGUACCAAGUGUUCGACUCGGCCUCGCGGGGCCUGCUCCGCGUGGAGGAGCUGGAGGACCAGGGCCAGACACUGGCCAACGUGUUCAUCCUGCGGCUGCUGGAGAAUGCUGAUGACCGGGAGGCCACCUACAUGCUGAAGGCAUCCUCCCAGAGCGAGAUGAAGCGCUGGAUGACUUCUUUGGCCCCCAACCGGAGGACCAAGUUUGUCUCCCUCACAUCCCGGAUGCUGGACUGUCCCCAGGUACAGUGCGUGCACCCGUAUGUGGCCCAGCAGCCAGAUGAGCUGACGCUGGAGCUGGCUGACAUCCUGAACAUCCUGGACAAGACUGAGGACGGGUGGAUCUUCGGCGAGCGGCUGCACGACCAGGAGAGAGGCUGGUUCCCCAGCUCCACGACCGAGGAGAUCUUGAACCCCAAGAUCCGGGCACAGAACCUCAAAGAAUGUUUCCGUGUCCACAAGAUGGAAGACCCUCAGCGCAGCCAGAAUAAGGACCGCAGGAAGCUGGGCAGCCGGAAUCGGCAGUGACCCCCAGCCCGGCGACCAGCCCGGCGGCGGGUGGGCAGGCAGGAGCAGGGCUGGCGGGCACACAGGAGAUGGUGGAGGGGCUCCAGGGGAGGACGAGCCACACCCCGCUGGCAGCGGGCU